GAAUGGCGAAAGGGAAGGGGAAGAGCUUCAGAUCAGCAACUCCAGGGGCAAUCUUUGCAGGUGGAUCCUAGGAAGGUUUUACUCAUAACAACAUGGGAAAGCUAUCUUCCCCAGAUCGGAGGCAACCUGAGAGGAAAGGGAAGGAGAUGGAAGAGGAGGACUUCAAAGCCCCUCAAAUGGACCAAAAGGCAAACAAGGGUCCCCUUCUCCUCGAAGCUGGGAGUGAAUUCUGGGAAACAGUUGCGUUGGAGGUCCUGGUGAAGAACACCACAGCCUCAGGUGUACAUUGCCGACAUUUCAGGCAGUUCUGCUACCAUGAGGCCAAGGGGCCCCGAGAGUUUUGCAACCAGCUCCAUAGACUUUGCAACCAGUGGCUGAAGCCAGAGAAGAACUCCAAGAAGCAGAUCCUGGACCUGGUGAUCCUGGAGCAGUUCCUGACUCUUCUGCCCCAGGAAAUGCAGUGCUGGGUCAGAGGAUGUGGGCCGGAGACCAGUUCCCAGGCGGUGGCCCUGGCCGAAGGUUUCCUCUUGAGUCAGGCAGAGGAGAAGAGGCAGGCAGAGCAGAUGCGGGGACCACCUGUGAAGAGGGAAGCGAAGCUCUCUGAGGCAGAAGGAGCUCCGUCAAAGGACAUUCAGAAGGUCCAGGAUGCCCUGCCAUGUCGUAAGGGUGCUUCCUGCUGAGAUGGAAUUGGGGCACCUGGUCAAGUUGUUGGGUAGAAGGUUUGGGACAGGAGAAAAAGGAAGUACUUCUGCUCACUACCCAGAGUGGACUUCUGAGAGCCACAGGAUGUAGUGAUGGCCACUCACUUGAAGGGGGAGUAGACAGAUUCGUGGAAGGCAAUUCCAUUCAUUUUUAUAUGAGUUUUCACCUUCCUUCCAUCAGAAGGACUCAAGGUGGCUCAAAAAAA